GAAAGGCUUGGGCCCCGCUGUGGGGCCCAGGGCAGGUAUAAAGGGGGUCCAGGUGGGUAGGAUCACCUGCCACCUGCCCCAUGAUGCGGGCUGGAGCUCUCCUGAUGCUCUGCACUGCCUUGCUCCCGAUCUCGGGCGGAAAUUGCGACAUUUGCCCGGCCUUGAAGGAGACUCUUAGCCUGUUCGUGGCGGGAACCCCUGAGGACUAUAUGGCAAAUGUGAGACAGUAUGAAACAGACCCUUUGGUACUGGACACUGCCAGUCAACUGAAGAGCUGCGCUGACCGGAAGUUGACAGAUGAGGGAUAAAUAUACUCAAGUCCUUUGUGUUGAUGGAGCUGUCCCUGCCAGGAACCCCAAGG